UCGAAUAAGUAAAAGUAUAAAGCUCAGCUGGAUCAGAAAAGUGUAUCAUUUUCCAAUUAGAAAUACGUCUGCUUGGAUCUCCUAUCAUGAAUCGCUGGUUAAAUCGGGUAGCCGUUGUUACUGGGGCCAGUUCUGGAAUCGGAGCUGCCUGCUGCCGAGAUCUAGUGUCCAAAGGAAUGGUCGUCGUGGGAUUAGCCCGGCGGGAGCAGCGUCUCCAGGAGCUAAAGUCUUCCCUUCCCCCUGAUCAGGGAGCUCGUUUCCACGCCCGUUCUUGUGACGUCAGCGUCGAACAACAGAUUAUUGAUGCCUUCAAGUGGAUCGACAAGAGUUUGGGUGGUGCCGAUGUUCUGGUCAAUAAUGCCGGCAUUGUUCGUCGAAUAAACAUCACGGAUAAGGGCAACUCGGCCGAUCUGAGGGCCAUACUAGACACCAAUGUGCUGGGAGUUAGCUGGUGCACCCGUCAAAUGUUCCUUUCCCUGCAGCGCCGGAAGGUGAACGAUGGUCAUGUCGUCCUGAUCAACAGUGUGGUGGGUCACAAGGUGCCUGUGGUGAAGGGUUUCAGUCUAAACAUGUAUGCUCCCUCCAAACAUGCCAUCACGGCCUUGACUGAGGUCCUGCGGCAGGAGUUCAUGGACCAAGGAUCCCAAACUAAGGUUACAAGCAUCAGCCCCGGAGUUGUAAACACAGAAAUCUUCGAUACAUCCUCUGUGGAAAUCCAAUCCAAUAUGCCAAUGCUGCGUUCUGAGGAUGUGGCGGAUGCGGUUUCAUAUUGCAUCCAAACGCCACCGAAUGUUCAGAUCCAGGAGCUAACCAUAAAGCCAGUUGGAGAGACCUUCUAGUAAAACAAGUGUCUUCUGUUAAAUUUUUAAACAAUAAACAUUUAUUUUCAUUAAAAGGGUUUCAGGCAAGCACACCUAUAACAAAAAAUAAAUAAAUAAUAAAGUGCAAAGUAACAAAAA